CAACAAAAAUGGCAUCACCUUGCGAGCCAGUUUUCUUGUUAAAUCUAAACCCAUCAUUCACUUCAAAAAACCCAUGUUCCAUUCACUUUCUAAACCUCCCAAAGUUACCUUCGAAGCCACUUGUCAUUGCCACUUGCUGUGCAGCAACUCCUUCACCAUCCCCAUCUCCUUCACUCCCUCAAGAUUCUGACCAAAACCCACCUCAGGCUUCCCCUGACAGGACCCGGGAUCGCCGGAAAGUGGUCCGGCUCGCUUGGGAGAAGCUUGUUAGAUGGUCACGUUCUUGGCGGUCCAAGGCCAAAACUGACGUUCUUGAACGAACUAAUAAGGUGGUGGUGUUAGGAGGAGGAUCUUUUGGCACUGCAAUGGCUGCACAUGUUGCCAAUAGAAAGACUCAAAUGGAAGUUAGUAUGCUUGUACGAGAUCCUGCAGUUUGCCAAUCCAUUAAUGAGAACCAUUGUAAUUGCAAGUACUUCCCUGAACACAAGCUACCAGAAAAUGUGAUUGCAGCUACUGACGCCAGAACUGCUUUGCUUGGGGCAGACUAUUGCCUUCAUGCUGUACCUGUACAGUUCAGUGCAACUUUUCUUGAGGGCAUUGCAGAAUAUGUUGAUCCUGGCUUGCCAUUUAUAUCCCUUAGCAAAGGCUUAGAGCUCAAUACAUUGAGGAUGAUGUCUCAAAUCAUUCCUCAAGCAUUGAAGAACCCUCGCCAACCUUUUAUUGCACUAUCAGGGCCUUCUUUUGCAUUGGAAUUGAUGAACAAAUUACCAACAGCGAUGGUGGUGGCAUCAAAAGACAAAAAAUUGGCAAAUGCUGUUCAGCAGCUAUUGGCUUCCAGUCAUUUAAGAAUCAGCACUUCAAGUGAUGUUACAGGGGUCGAAAUUGCGGGUGCCCUCAAGAAUGUACUUGCAAUAGCUGCUGGGAUUGUUGAAGGGAUGAAUCUUGGUAACAAUUCCAUGGCAGCUCUUGUAGCACAAGGUUGCUCUGAGAUACGAUGGCUAGCAACAAAGAUGGGUGCAAAGCCGACGACAAUUACUGGUCUAUCAGGAACUGGAGACAUUAUGCUUACAUGUUUUGUAAAUCUUUCAAGAAAUAGAACAGUCGGAGUUCGUCUUGGAUCAGGGGAGGAGCUUGAUGAUAUUCUGAGCUCCAUGAAUCAGGUAGCAGAAGGUGUGUCAACAGCCGGAGCUGUGAUUGCAUUGGCCCAGAAAUAUAAUGUUAAGAUGCCGGUCCUGACAGCGGUUGCUCGGAUUAUAGACAGUGAGCUAACCCCAAAGAAAGCUGUUCUUGAAUUAAUGAGACUCCCUCAGGUUGAAGAAGUUUGAAACCUAUUGGUCUUGCCAAGGAAGUGGAAUUAUUUUGCCAGAGGAUGGAGCUCUACCAUUACGAACCAGAUUGCCAUUUGACUGAGCUGCUGAGCUACAUCUGGUCAUUCCAAGAAAAAAAAAAAAGGUGCAGAUACCCCAAAUACAUGGUCAAUUCUUUCUUCUUCUUUUUUCUUUUAAAUACCAUUUCCCCUUUAUUAUGCUUUAGGAAUAAUAUAAAGGAAAGUACCCCAUCCAAAAAUAUUGUUAGAAGAUCAAUGUAUUUUGCAAAGUGGGGGAUUUUGUGGUUGAGAAUUACUCAAACAAGAUCUACAUAUACUUAGCUUUAAGCUGAUUCUUUUCACUGUCAGUGUAUUAGUAUUGGACCCGAUGUUCAUUGAUAAUUAAGAAAGGAUGGAAUGAUAUUGCAUUCUAUCCUGCAAUUCAGUUGGGAGGUACUUGGCUUGCA